AUGUCCGGUACUCCAACCAAACAGCGCACGAAAGACCGCAAGUCCAAUGGUACGAAGCGGAACGUCAAAGUGCAGAUAGGCACCAAGAUAGUUUCAGACAUCGACAUCCGGGAGUGGAUCAUAAAUGUGUGGAUCAUUGAUGACGACGCUAUAAGUCCAGUUCUUGAUCAUAAAGUCGAACAUCACCUCUAUGAUCCAUUUACCAAAUUAUGCACUCCUUUGUGGAAGACUCUGCUCGAUGACCCCAUCUCCUCAUCGAGGGCGACUUCAAUAUUUAUGCUGGAGACGAACAGCAAGAGCUCAAGGCGCCCGGACUUCCUUGCCCUUUCAUCUCAGACGUUACUGUGGCUUGAUGGAGACUCUAAGCGCCAACCGGAUUGGUCUAUGACUGUCUUUCCAAUGGAGGUACAGAAAACACGGGUAUCAAAACUUCGCAAAGAGCGGCAUCCUUGGCAGCUCAAUCAGCAACACACGUUUCCGAAGCCUCUCCGUACCGCUCGGAUGAACACACCCGCCCGUCAUAGCAUGCCCCCCGUUGAUGAAGAACCGUCGCACACGUCGUCUUCGAAGCGUAGCACCAAACGGGGAAUGAACAAAGUGCCUCAGCUCGCUGCAGACGCCUUGGAAUGCUUUGUUGCCACUCCUCGACUCUAUGUUGUGGGGAUAGCCCAGAGGGACAGCCAAAUCGUUGUCAUAUUUCGACGCUACCUGCAUGUUGAGGAUGCGGCGUUUGAUUUUAUAGAGAAGCCCCAAUAUCUGGUGCUCGUGCUGUUUGCGAUGCUGAAAUGCACGCCCCGCAUCCUAGGAUGGCGGCCGGGUGUCAAUCCAUACUUUCAUCCGGGACCCUGCGCAAGAUGGAGAAGAAGGGAGUAUGGCGAGGCGAUGGAAAGGUUCCAGAUUCGUCUUUCCCGGGGAACAGAGUGGCUCUGAUUUGACAUUCACAACCGAGGAUAAACCUUGGUUCAUAGCUCCGGAAAGUUAGCGGGUGUGAAUGGCAUGUGUUGUUCUAGUCAUCGAUGAACAAGGGCGAAUCUCUUGUUCUCAAGGCUGUUUAUACCGAUGGCGCGCGCCCCCUUGAAACUAAAUUGGUUAGGAAGCUCCUCACCAAGGCGCCCAAACUGAAGAAAUAUCUCCCAAACAUUACCUGGAGUCGCCUCUACGACUCGGAGAAAGAUCUUCACCUCCCACGUUUCAAAUUUUCUCCGGAGGUCCUUUCCACGUUUCCAGUCCAUCACCUUCUAUACUUUGCCUGCCAGCGUUACGAAAGCUCUGGCAAGUUCAUAGCCUUGAAGAGUUCAAGGCAGUCUUCAUUGAUUAUGUUGAAUGUGAGUUCUG